AGCUCUAGUAGGACGAGUCUAGCUGUAAUAGGCACACGAAUAAAACAGCUAGGCGAGCGAGAGUGGCUCAGCUAUCUAGAACAAUAUAGGAGGAAGGCUAUUGCCCUCAACUCUACUACUUAUGCUGCAAGGUAUAAGUGGAAGACUAGGAAGCAGAUUGCCACUCCUCCUCUUACUAGUAGAGAAGUCUCUAGCGCCUUCUUUCAACUUAAGCUAGGCCACUGUUACCUAAGAGACUUUCUCUUUACGCGAGACAAAGUAGACUCUAAAGUUUGCCCCUGCAACUAUAGAGCUACUCAAGAUCCUACCCAUAUCCUCCUUAGCUGU